AUGCAUGACUUUAGCAUUGCCACUUUUGAUGGUCAAGAUUUAUCGAAUGAAAGUGGUCGAACUGAUGUUACUUCUGCGUUAUCAACGAGAAAUAUAUUCUGGCAGAAAAGGACCGUAUGGCCAGAACAGACGUCAUCACCUAUGAAUGUUGGGCAAAACGCAGACGACGAUAAACAGCCGAAUAGACUUUGGUCUUGCCGUAGAAUGGGUUUAUGGAUUACCAUUUGUAUUGCUACGACUCUUAUUCUAGGUGAUGUUAUGGCAAUUGUACUUGUUACAACAUUAAGCUCAACGGUUAAUACUUCGGUAACAACAACAUCAACUACUUCAAUAACUUCGACAACGACAACUUCAACAGUGACAUCGACAAGCUCAAGUACAACAAGAACAACUACGACAACAAGUGGUCCAACUGCUGCAUACUCCUGUGCUGCAGCAUCACCUGCAUCUUUGGCUACAUUUAGCAGUGGAACUCCAAGUUGGAGUGAGAAGUUAUUGUUUAACUUUAUAAAUUGUCAAAUACCUGUAUCCAAUAGUGAAUUGUUGAUAUUGAUGCCUGAACAAUAUAUUGUUAUUUUUCAAGAAUUACUUAGGAAGAAAUACAAAAUAGCUUAUAAGUGA